AUGAGAUACAGGCUAAAGAAGAAAUAUUUCAAUGGUAUACCAGCAAAUGAAGUUAGAACAACUUCACCGCUAAGCUCUAUGACUGACAAUGAGUGGAAACAACUCGUGGACAUGUGGUCUACCCCAAAGCAUAAGGAAAAAUGUAUAAAAAACAAAGAUAGCCGUGAGUUAGUUCAAUACCACCAGAUGACAGGAUCUCGGAGCUAUGUUGCACAAUGCUAUGUCAUGGCUCAAAUGGAGGCCUAUGUUGCUCAACCAACAGAAGAAGGCAAAGAUCCAAAGACUCCUGUUGAAGCUGUAGCUCAUGUUCUGCCAAAAUCAACUUUUCUUCGCAAUGUUGGCAUGCAGUCCACAGAGAUGAAGAAAAAUGCCAAAGCUGCUGCAAUGAAUGAUCAUGUACGUGAGCUAGAGAGUGAAUUGCAUGCUGAGAAGAUGGGAUCAGCCAGAAUGCAAUUGCAGAUAGCUGAUCUACAUAAGCAAUUAGAGGACCAGAAAGAGGUAGCAAGGAAGAAUGAAGAAGAAACUGAGAAGCUGAGGCAUCAAGGAAGUGAAAUCCAAAGCUUCCUUCGCUCCUUGUUUGGCAGCAAGUUUGCAUCAUCAGAUGCUCAGCAGUAAGCUCUCAUACUCAAUUAGGUUCUAGAUGAUAUUUUGGUAACACUGAACUUGCAACCAUUGUGAUUGUGGGAUGUUAUUUUGGUGCUGUUGUGCUUCUGGCCGUUGUGCUGUUGCUGCUGUGCUU